AUGAUGAGAUUGGAAGAUUAUAAAGGUCAACAUGGUUUGUUCCACCCUUCAUCCCCUUCUUCCUCUUUUUCUUUCCUUGCUAUUCUUUACAGGAUAAUGGCUCCUAAUCGUUUCUUCUUCCCCUUCUUUAUGUAUCUGUUAUUGCUGGCUAUUGCUUCUGCUACGGAUGGCGGGUAUGGCUCUAAGCACAACCUCAACUUUGAGAAACCGAAGCUUAAAAAGGAGAAGCUACUCUCAACAAUAAUAGGUGUCCAAGGCCUUGUUUAUUGUGAAUCAGGCCCUAAACGCUUUCCACUCGAAGGAGCUGUGAUAAGGAUAACAUGCCUGGCUAAUGAUGCUUACGGAUAUGAAGCAGCGCCAUUCUCAUUUUUGAGUGAAGCAACCGAUGCUAAAGGCUACUUUUUUGCCACCUUGUCCCCUAAUGAAAUGCAAGAUAAUUGGAAGGUUAAAGAGUGCAAGGCUUUUCUUGAACUAUCACCAUCGGAGACUUGCAAAAUUCCUACAGAUGAGAAGCAAGGGAUUAAUGGUGCUCGUCUUGCUUCUUACCAUUACCUUAGUAAUAAGAAAAUGAAGUUGUUCACUGUCGGUCCUUUCCACCAUCCAAGACAAGAUCCACCAAGUGCCCAAGUCUUCGGCCUUUACGGUGAACCUGUAGGUCGUUGGAUUAAUUAA